UAGGCGUUGAAAAGUGAAAAUAGGUCAGAAAGUAGGUCAUGCACGAGAAAAACUUUGAAAAUAGGUCAGAAAGUAGGUCAUGCACGAGAAAAACUUGUAAAUUAUUGUUGAAAAGUGAAAAUUGGGUAAAUUUUAUAAAAGUAGGUAAAAAUAAUGAUAAAAAUAUCAAAAAAUACGUCAUGUGA